GGGAUCUAACGUCCAAGAAGGCCCAAGCCAAAGAGAAGAGCCAAUGGAUUUGGGAGCGAUGGAAGCAGCGAUGGUGGGGAAGGAGAGCAGCGGGAGCUGGAGCUCGUCGACGAAUUGGAUCGCUGCCGAGGGAUCCCUCCAAGACUCCAUCUCCUUCGAGACCUCUGAUGAGGACGCCCCCCCCUUGACCUCGAGCGGUCUUCUCCUCGUCCGGCUGCCGUCCGAUGACCCCCGGCCCUGCGAGGUUACCAUCUUGUUCAGGGAAAAGCAUGAAAUUCACAGGGUUUAUGUACGAAGUACAGCCCGGGUGUAUGAGAUAUACUAUGCUGCUGAUCAGCAGAAUAAAAGUAACGAGUAUCUGUGUACAGUACGUUGUGGUCCUGCUGCUAGAGAAGUGAUGUCACCAAGUAGUUCUGAGGGAGCUGUUACCAAAAGCCAAAAUGGUAAUGAUGGAACUAUGGAAAAGCAUGAGAAGAUGGCUAGAAGUGAUAGUAAUAAUAGCGAUGAAGAUGGUUGGGUAGAAGUGCAGGUUCCUGAUUCUCCUCAGCAGAAUGACCAAUCAAAUGCUCUGUCAAAAAAGAUCGAUGAAAAUUCUAGUGCAAAAUUUCAGAUCCAUCAUGAGGCAACAGCUGAGAUUUCAGAUGCUAGUCCUUGUGUGUCCCUUACAAUUCGUUUGCUCUCACUUCAAACUAAGACAUGUGUUCAUGUAGAGGAAAUUUACAUAUAUGCGGAUCCUGUUGAUUCCUCCAAUCCUGAUCCUCAUGUGAGUAUGGAGGGAAACUUGAGUGGAAAUCCUCUACUGGCCAUGCUUGUUCCUGGUCUUCUGCAAUUAUCUAAAUCAGGCACUGGCAGGAUACAGAAUAAGUAUUUUUCUGUCGACUCAGGAGUGCAAGAACAUCAGCAUUGCGUGGAUAAAGUAGCUGAACAAAGCAGGUUGGACAUGUGUGGAAUGGGGCUGCAACAAGCAAAUUGUGCUAUGAUGCAACAAAAUUUGGGGCAAUUGCAGGAAGAAACCAAGGUAAAACCUGAAAAUAUACAGUUGGAAUCUGGCCAGAAUGUAAUAGAUCAAAAGCUGGGGCCAGUGCAGGAACAAACUGAGGUAAAACCAGAAAAUGUACAGUUGGGAUCUAACCAGAGGGUAACUGAUCAAGCAGAUCAAGAGUUGGGUCCAGUGCAGACACAAACUGAGGUAGAACCAGAAUAUGUACAGUUGAGAUCUGACCAGAAGGUAACAGAUGAGGUAGAAGCAGAAAAUAUAGAUUUGGGAUCAAACCACAAAGUAACAGACAUGGAUCAUGUGCCAAAAUCUGCAGCUGAAGAAAAUAAUCCAGCCUCUAGUCACGUUGAGAAGGUAUUGGAUGAGCUAGUCUUAAGAAUGGGAAGAAUAGAAGCUUUCUGUUCAAGAUUUGAGGAAAACAUGAUGAAACCCCUCAGCUGCAUUGAGAUAAGGCUCCAGCGACUUGAGCAGCGAUUUGAUGCAUUUGCUGUGGGAAAGUAUUCUGAAAAAAACCUUUGUUCAAGGAUAUCAGCCCCAGAAUUUUCAUUUGACGAAUUGGACUCAGAGAACAAAGGCUGCAAUACUUCAUUCACAGUAGGGGAGGUGACUGUGUCUGAUGACUCAUCAUUUCCAGCUAAUGAUGUUGCAGCUUCUGUGCCUGAUUCAAAGAUGUGUCCAAGUCUGGCGGUGAAGGCACCUGAAUCCCAUAAUGAAGAUGACUUGUCAUUAUCAGCCAUGGAUGGUGCAACUUCUGUGCCUGAAUCUAAUAUGCGUCCAGGACUGGUGGUUAAGGCACCUGAAUUCCUCAAUGAAGAUGAAGAGUUUACCAACACUGAUGAUACUUCAGAUUCAAGUGUGAAGGAUUGCCCCAAUGUUAAUACACAUCAAUCCAUUGAUGGCGCAUUAGCUUCAGCACUGGCAGCAUUCCUGACAUCAACUACUGUCAAAUCUCCCAAACAUAGCCCAAAUGUGAUGGAAAAACCUCAUUGGUUUUCUAAUGGUGUUAACAACAACUCAGAUUCCUCUCCUGUUAGUGUAUCUUCUGAGGGAUCUGAUAAAUUAUUCAGCAAAAUUGAAUUGGAGACAAUCAGCUGCAGCACGUUGGAUGUAAUAAAGGAAACCAAUCAUGGCGACUCACUGUCAUCAGCUGAUGUUGUGGGAACUCCUGAUACAUCUUUAGAUGAAUCUUAUUUGGAGGAUAAGGGUGGUGAUACAUCAGAUGCAGCGAGGAAUGUUGCUGCUUUUGAUGGCUCAUCAUUGUUAGCUGAUAACACGAACUCUUCUGUGUCUGCGCCCCAGAUUUCAGGUUUGAUAUUUACAGCACCCGAAUUUCCAAAUGAGGAAGAUGAUUUUAUUGACUGUGAUGAUACUUUAGAUUCAGGUGUGGAAAGUUGCUUUAAAGAUCAGGAGUCAGUGCCCACUUCUGGUAAAUCAGGUUUAGCAUUGGCAGCAUUUCUCUCCUCGACAAAGCUAAAAUCUCCUGAGCACAGUUCAACAUUGUUAGGGGCAACAUUUGAGCUUUUCAGUGGUGAUAACAAUGAGUUGGCCGGGUGUGAUCACACCAUCACUAAUGUACCUGAUCCCAUCAUAACUCCAGAUAACAAUGAAUUGGCCUCCUCUUCUGUUGAAAUCCCCUGUGGAGGAGUUGGCAGAGUAGGUCCUACAAACCAUGAAAACAACAUGGAAAGCAAGGUUGAUUUACACCAAUUCUUCAACUCCUUGCGUCCUGAUGGCCGGUUGGAACAGGGUGAGUAUGCUAAGCUAAGACACCAAACUGGUCCCACUGAACCAACCAUUGGAGGAUCAACUGCUGACUGCAUGCCUCUCAAAGAUGGCAUGGAACAGAAGGAUCAUGGUGUAAAAUGGGACAGAUCAAGUUCCACAGAGGCAACUGCAAUGGAGGAAGGAUCUUUUGCACAGCUGGCACCUCAUUGUAUGGACUUUCAAUCAAAUGGAGGCAUCAGCAGCAAAUGGCAUGAUGGAAGCUGGGUAGAUGAUGGUGAUGCUGAGGAAGCUGCACAUGGUAGUCCCUGCUUGAACCAACUUAGCAGAGAGUGGACCGAGGACUGUAGCACAGAUUCGAGCUUUGAUGAACUUUUCAUCAAAAGUAAAGUUCAGGUUUAUUGGUCAGAUGACAGCAGCACAGAUUACUUCCCAGUUAAACAACAAAGUGGACAAGCUGCUGACAACUACGAGGGUUCCCAAGCCUUAGUUGAUGAUCUCUCCAAAGGUAUUGGCCUAAAUUCUGCAGAUUCUAAAUUUUCAGCAGAGGUCAAAUGGGCUUCUGACUCGACACUGGAUUUUGAAGAUCGUAUUAUGGAUUUUAAGUUUGUCCCGGCAAGAGAUUGGGGAACUAGACUUCCACUUGAACUCUUGCUGGGUGAAACAUCUGAUGCUGAGGUGCAACUUUCGACUGUCAAGGAUGUUGAUGAUGGCAAAUGCAUUGCAGAUGGACGACAACAUAAUUUAUUUUCAUUCCAGUGGGAGGAUCAAAAUUCUACAGCAGUCAAUCAGCUUCCAGUGGAGGUGCAAGAUCUUAGGGUACCAAGUGAGACAUGCCUGUGGGAUGCUGAUCUGCAAGGUCGUGAAAGCAGCAACCAGCAGCCAUUCUCCAGCCUUAUUUAAGAUGCACACGAACAGCUGUACUGUAUAUAAAAUAAAAAUGGAACGAUUUGCAUAAUUGUUGGUUUUCGUAAACAGCUCUACAGUAUAUAAAAUAUAAAUGGAACUAUUUGCAUAA